AAUGCCACCCCUGGGGCAUCGGCUUCUCGCUGAUGAGACCGCUGCAGGGCUGCCGCGGACGGGGCGUCGUCGUGGGGACCGUCACCCUCUGCCUGGCCGCCGGGUGGGCUCUGCAGACUCCCGGAGGAGUAUCGUUAGUUGUCCCACAACCCAACAUCAAUGCAACAGUGGCACAAAACAUCCUCCUCUCAGUUGAAUACUCUUGCAGAGGCAUCGCCACCAUAGAGUGGAAGCAUGUGUCAAGCUGGGGCACCACCAGCAUUGUUGAGUGGAAAAUUGGGAAUUAUGUCAACAUAUCCACAGUCUACAAGGACAGAGUGACUACUUUUGAAAAUGGCUCUAUACAGCUUCACAACGUGGGCAUGCGAGAUGCCGGCUACUAUUUUGUCACUGUAACAGAGGAGUAUGGAAACAACGCCUACGGCACCAUCAUAGUCAAUGUUUACGAAAUUAUCUAUGAAGAUUUACAUUUUGUAGCAGUUCUCUUUGCCUUUCUCGCUGCAGUGUCUGCCAUUCUGAUCUGCUUCAUGUGGCUGUGUAACAAAUCUCUGCAUCUGUUUCAGAAGACGACACACAAACUCACAGCAAGUACAACGGAAGAGAUUGAAUUGGAAACCAUUGAGUGUUAGCCAAGGACUGUAUCAUAGCAAAAAUAAUGAUUCUACCUCAGGAGAAAAUAUUGACCAAGAAAGCAAGAACAAACCUAGAAGGACAGACUGACAGAGCUUCCCCUCUGGUCAGGGACUAGGAUGACCAGGUGCAGAGGUACUAUGGGUUCCAUUUGGAAAAACUCUCAGAGAAUUUCUCACCAAGUGAAAAAUGAUGCAGUACAAGAAAGGGAAGAAUAAUGUGUAUGAGUCUACCUGAGAUAAAAGGAAAUCCUGCAGUUCUUGCUCUUGAUGGGACAAUGUAAUAACUCUUCCAUCUCUAUGCAC